AUGGGUGCUGUGCUGUGCUGUGCUUCCAUGGGUGCUGUGCUUCCAUGGGUGCUGUGCUUCCAUGGGUGCUGUGCUUCCAUGGGUGCUGUGCUUCCAUGGGUGCUGUGCUUCCAUGGGUGCUGUGCUUCCAUGGGUGCUGUGCUUCCAUGGGUGCUGUGCUUCCAUGGGUGUUGUGCUUCCAUGGGUGCUGUGCUUCCAUGGGUGCUGUGCUUCCAUGGGUGCUGUGCUUCCAUGGGUGCUGUGCUUCCAUGGGUGCUGUGCUUCCAUGGGUGCUGUGCUUCCAUGGGUGCUGUGCUUCCAUGGGUGCUGUGCUUCCAUGGGUGCUGUGCUUCCAUGGGUGCUGUGCUUCCAUGGGUGCUGUGCUUCCAUAGGUGCUGUGCUUCCAUGGGUGCUGUGCUUCCAUGGGUGCUGUGCUUCCAUGGGUGCUGUGCUUCCAUGGGUGCUGUGCUUCCAUGGGUGCUGUGCUUCCAUGGGUGCUGUGCUUCCAUGGGUGCUGUGCUUCCAUGGGUGCUGUGCUUCCAUGGGUGCUGUGCUUCCAUGGGUGCUGUGCUUCCAUGGGUGCUGUGCUUCCAUGGGUGCUGUGCUUCCAUAGCACUGGGAUUACAGCGUGGUGCACUGACUGCCUUGACCAGCAGUGACGCGUCGCGGGCUCUGUUUCGCCCUCUCUUCAGCUACCCUGGCCGCCGCCUCAGCUCGUCUGACUGA